AUGGAAGCUCUCUGUUUUGUCCCUGCUCAGUCACCCCUCCUCCGAUCCAAAUUCACCACGAAUGCCCCCGUCAAAUCACCCUCCACAACUGUAAAAACGAACCGCGUAAAGCCGUUUAUUGAAGCCACGUUAUCAAAAUCGACGGGGGAUAUUUCACCGGCCGUGGACAAGUCUCCGCGGGCUGCAUCAUUGGCGGCGGCGCCGCCAUUGUUGAAAGUGUCCCCGAGCUCUCUGCACUGCGAGAGCGGGUACUUGAUACCGAAUUUUCCAGAUGGUAAUGGUGCCUUAAGCGAUGGUGCUUUGAAUGCUAUGCAGUAUUUGACGAACAUUUUGUCGUCCAAGGUGUACGACGUGGCGUACGAAUCUCCAUUGCAGCUGGCGGAAAAGCUCUCGAAACGGUGGGGGGUCAAUGUCUGGCUCAAGAGGGAGGAUUUACAGCCUGUUUUUUCAUUCAAGCUUCGAGGGGCAUACAAUAUGAUGGCAAAACUUCCACAGGAACAAUUGGAAAGAGGAGUCAUAUGCUCAUCAGCUGGAAAUCAUGCACAAGGAGUGGCAUUAUCUGCCCAGAGAUUGGGCUGCGAUGCUGUGAUUGCUAUGCCUGUUACUACACCAGAAAUCAAGUGGAAAUCAGUAAAAAGUUUUGGGGCAACAGUUGUACUUGUAGGGGAUUCUUACGAUGAAGCACAAGCAUAUGCAAAGAAACGGGCUGAGGAUGAGGGGCGCACUUUCAUUCCUCCCUUUGAUCACCCAGAUGUCAUAACUGGGCAGGGGACAGUUGGAAUGGAGAUCGUACGCCAAAUGAAAGGCCCAAUACAUGCGAUAUUUGUGCCAGUUGGAGGUGGCGGGCUUAUAGCUGGUAUUGCUGCCUAUGUGAAGAGAGUUUCUCCAGAUGUAAAGAUUAUUGGAGUCGAACCAUAUGAUGCAAAUGCAAUGGCAUUAUCAUUGUACCAUGGUCAGAGAGUAAUGUUGGACCAAGUGGGAGGUUUUGCAGAUGGUGUAGCAGUUAAAGUGGUUGGUGAAGAGACUUUCAGUGUGUGCAGAGCACUAAUAGAUGGGGUAGUUCUUGUUGGCCGUGAUGCCAUUUGUGCAUCAAUAAAGGAUAUGUUUGAGGAGAAAAGGAGCAUUUUGGAACCAGCAGGAGCUCUUGCCCUUGCUGGAGCUGAAGCAUACUGCAAGUACUAUGGACUCAAUGGUGAAAAUGUAAUAGCUGUAACCAGCGGAGCUAACAUGAAUUUUGAUAGAUUGAGGUUGGUAACUGAACUUGCAGAUGUUGGUAGACAGCGCGAAGCUGUACUUGCAACUUACAUGCCAGAGGAGCAUGGAAGCUUUAAGAGAUUCUGUGAGCUUGUAGGACCAAUGAAUAUUACUGAAUUCAAAUACAGAUAUAAUUCUGAUAAGGAGAAAGCUCUAGUACUAUACAGCGUUGGCCUUCACACAAAAUUAGAACUUGAAGCAAUGGUGGAGAGGAUGAAAUCAGCUCAGCUACAAACCAUUAACCUUACAAAUAAUGACCUGGUCAAAGACCAUUUACGACACCUGAUGGGAGGCCGAUCAAAUGUUAAAGAUGAGCUUCUUUGCCGUUUUGUUUUUCCUGAAAGGCCAGGAGCUUUGAUGAAAUUCUUGGAUGCUCUGAGUCCACGUUGGAAUAUAAGUUUGUUCCAUUAUCGGGGACAGGGAGAAACUGGCGCAAAUGUGUUAGUUGGCAUUCUAGUUGCUCGCACUGAUAUGGAUGAGUUCAGGGACCGUGCAAACAGUCUUGGAUAUGAGUAUGAACUAGAAAGUGAUAAUGAAGCGUUCCAGCUUCUGAUGCGAUGA